AACCUAUUACUUUGUUCUUGCUGCAGCUUCAACCUACCAUCACCGAUCCGGGGAGUGUGUGUGAAGGCUCAGUUUGAUGCGGAGUCAUGAGAGUGUUUGUAAACAACGCAUUUCGAAGGAAACUGGAGUCAAAGCACCACCUUCACACAUCUUUGUGUACCAUCAUAUCCUCCAUCAUCGUGGAAUGCCAAGGAUGUCAGAAUUUACGGUUUUUGAUUGCUUUCACUCGACGGGAUGGCACAACUGACUCAACUGACUCGUUCUUAACAGUCUUUCAGACGAAUAUAUUUUAGGCACAGGGCUUUAAAAAGACCUUCCUUUUAUCUUUGCACUAUACCGUACACGCAUCGAGUCAAGAUGCCCUGGCCAUUUUCUGAGUCCAUUAAGAAGCGGGCAUGUCGUUACCUCUUGCAUCGGUACCUCGGGAAGUUUCUGCAGGAAAAAUUGAGUUUGGAUCAACUCAGUUUAGAUCUCUACCAAGGCACUGGAUCAUUGGCACAAGUGCCCCUGGACAAAUGGUCACUCAAUGAGCUCCUUGAGACGGCAGAUGCUCCAUUUGAGAUUAUUGCAGGAUUCAUCCAGACUAUUUCUCUAACUGUUCCAUGGGCAGCAUUGCUGCAUGACAACUGUGCCCUUGAGGUGAAAGGCUUAGAGAUGGUGUUUAGACCAAGGCCAAGAGUAGCAUCUGGCACUGAGCCCGUGUACUGGUCCAGUUUCAUGACGAGCAGCAUGCAACUCGCCAAAGAGUGUCUGAGCCAGAAGCUCACAGAUGAUAUGGGGGAAAACUUCCAACCGUAUGAAGGACUGGAGAAGUUUGCUGAAACAAUAGAAACAGUGCUAAGACGAGUGAAAGUAACUUUUUUGGAUACAGUUUUGAGGGUUGAACACGUUCCAGAAAAUUCCAAAACUGGAAUUGCUCUUGAGGUUCGAAUCAACAGGAUUUUUUAUUCUGAUGAAACUGGAGAGGAGAGCUCAAGUGUGAAUGUGCAUCAGCCAAUCACAUUUGCACACAAAAAGCUACAGAUGGAAGGCAUCACUGUAUUUUGGGACGAGUUCGCUGAUGUGUCUCAAGCUGGUUCUAAAUCCUCACCACCUCCGCCUGAAACGGAGCCAAAGCUCUCUCCCAGCUGGAAUCCCAAAAUUAUUUGUGAGCCUCAUCCGCAAUUCACAGAGACAAUAUCCUCAACAGCACCCUUUCAACCUGUGCAGGUUGGGAGUCUCUGUGGUAAAAUUGAGUUGUCACUCACGCUGAAAAAUAACCUAGCCAUGCCUGGAGCAAAGCUGGACGUCGCCGGCCAUAUUGACACACUACUCAUUUUGAUCUCGCCACGUCAAGUUCAUCUACUUCUGGACUUGUUUGGAGCGUUCUCCUUUGAACGUGCACAAGAAUGGGCCAAGGACAGAAAAAAUCGCCCCAUGCAGCAAGAGGAUGAGUACCGACUCCACAUGGAACUAAACCGCUGUCUGAAGAAGGACACUGCAAUGGCAGGAGUAGAGGCUGAACUCUUUGAGAGCCAGACGACCCGAACUGUCUCAAGUCGAGAUGAUGUCUUCUUCUCCAUGGCUGACAUGGACAUGUCACAUAGCUUGUCGUCCCUCCCUCCUUUGGGGGAACCGCCAACAGUGGAUUUGGAUUUGUCACUCAAUAGCAACUACUCUGCUUCUCCGAGAGAAUCGCCAUUGGGAAACACGACUGCUUUGUGGGAGGAUUACAUAGAUGUACCACGACAAAGAGAGAAGGAGACUCCUGGAAAGCCACGCGACUCACAAGUCCCUCAAACAUUAUUACGACAAACUUCACAUUCGUCCAAAACGCAUGGUGACGAGUCAAGGCCAGAGCUGGUGUUAAGUCUGACACUGAGCAGUUUGGCCAUCUCAGUCCUCCACAUUGACCCGCUUCCACCGCUUGAUGCUUCCCCAAGUCCGCUGGGCCCUUUGGCCGCACACUUCUUCAGCGUGGUGGGCCCGAGCCAUCUCGACCCAGCCGCCUUCCUUCAGUCUCGAUCAGUCUUUAAUCACGCCUGUCCCCAAGAUCAUCUCAGGUUUGUGGGCCAGGGUCUCAAUAUCAUCUACGAGCACUGUCAGGGAUCCAGCCUCCGGACUUUUAGCACCGAUGUCUCCCUUGACCAAAUGGAGUUGCUAGAGUGUCUGUUCUCUUCAGAGAGCAUCGCCACUGGCUCCCAGAGAGGUUUUCAGUACACUGAGCUCCUGACGUUUAGCACUGCAACCAGUGGCAAUGAACCACUUAGUACCUGCUUUCACCUGCUUUACAAACAGGCUGAGCGCAGAGGCCCCCAGGGUGGCCAGGUGCGGCUCAGCGCCAUCCCCAGAAAAGCUGACAUGCAGGUAGAGCUGGGCCCUGUGCGCUCCGAGCUCGACAUCAGUAUUGUGGACCGUCUCAAUUCUGUACUUCAGCCUCAGAAGCUGGCCACCACGGAGAUGAUGGCCUCACACAUGUACACGUCCUACAACAAGCAUGUUAGCUUGCAUAAGGCCUUUGCAGAGGUUUUUCUCGAUGACAGCCACAGCCCUUCCAACUGUCACGUGUCGGUGACCGUUAAUGCUCCAAUACUGGGGCUUGACAUCCGGUUUCCCAUUCCCGAUCUGCGCUCCGAUCAGGAGAGAGGUCCCUGGUUUCAACAGUCCUUGCAGAAAGAAGUACUGCACCUGGAGCUGGAAGACCUGGAAUUUAAAACAGAAUUUCGGAGUGGGAGCACACCAGAUCAAACUAAGAUGGAGCUCACCUUCAGGGAGCUUACUGGCAGGUUCCAGGAAGAGCUGGAUCAACCAGCUGCCAGGUUCAUCAGAGUAUCCCACACUAUGGACGGAGACAUGACAGCAUCUGAAAGUGUGAAGUUUGAUUGGCCUCGUGUUGUGUUGAAAAUGAACCCCACUGCGGUGCACUCAAUCCUCGAACGUGUGACGGCCGAGGAUGAAGAAGGGGCCGAGGACAAUUUCCUUGAGGAGGAGGAAGAGGAGGGGGCUGCCCACUCACUCAAGGAUGUUUGUGACUUUGGGAAACCAGAGCCAUCGCCUUUUUCUUCCCGGCGGGUUAUGUAUGAGAAUGAAGAGAUGGUCAUACCCGGUGAUGUUGCUGAGAUCACCAACUUCCAAGAAAAAACCAUGAACAAUUCUCGUUUUGUCCUAGAGCUGUGUUUCCCUAAUGUGCAGUUAGCUUUACCCAGCAAAGCAUUUUAUGAAAAACUACACAACCGAAUAAACAAUGACCUCCUGCUGUGGGAGCCCACCGCUCCUUCGCCUGUGGAAACCGUAGAAAGCAUGCCAUAUGGUGUUGGUCUAUCUGUUGCCAGUCAAUUGAUCAACACUUACACUAAGGACAGCUUCACCCAAUUUCGCUCCACUGGACCUGAGGAAGAUACCAGCGGUUCAGAAGAGGAGUACAUGCACUACUACUCUCCUUCUUCUGACCAAGGAUUCAGGUCACACAAGAAGAAAAAGCCCAAAGUUCAGAGUAAGAGCUCCCAGAGCCUGUUCUCUGUCAUUAUCAACGUCAACCAUGGUUUGAUUGCUCUUCAAACUAACGCUAAGAAGGAGGAUAAAACACUGGUAAAAAACAAACAUGGCGAAUUCUGGCUGGAGGUGAAAAAUGCGGUGCUGUUCAGUGUGACGCAACACGAAGGCUUCAAAGACCAGCACUAUGUCUGCUUCCACACAACCAAUAGUUCUAUGUAUCACCAAGGACUUGUAGAUGGAGGCCCGUCGUCUGACAUAAAACUGCCAUUCAUGUCACGUCCACACUGGCUGGAACCAACCAUCUACCAAUCGGAGUCAUCCCCCGAGAGAUCCUCGACUCCCUCGGAGGGAAUUGGCUUGGAGGCCCGCAGCAUGGUGUCUGUUGCCGUCAAGAUCUCGUCGCAGAAUGCUGAGCGCAGCGUCAAGGAAUUUUUGGUUGCUGUGGGAGUGAGAGGAGCCACAGUCCAGCACAGAGUGGUUCCUCCCAACUUGGGGUGGUAUGAUCAGAUUGUUGACUUUUUGAAUGUCUCCGAUGAGCCGGUGCUGGGUUACGCUCCUCCCACGUCUGUCAGCACCCUGCAUCUACAUUUAUGGAACUGCUCUCUUGACUACAGACCCCUUUAUUUACCUCUGCGAUCGCUGCUUGUGGUCGAAACAUUUAGCAUCUCGAGCAACGUGUCCCUCGAUCACUCUUCGUCAACACUCAGGAUCAUUCUGGAUGAAGCUGCUCUGUUCCUCUCAGACAAGUGUAAUGUCGUCUCUGUGAAUUUAGCACGCGACUAUGUCCAAGUGCUCGACAUGGGAACUCUGGAACUGCGAAUCACAGCUGUCAAACCUGACGCGAAUGAGAAACCGACUGAGCCGAGAUUUGAACUUCGAUGCUCGAGCGACGUCAUCCACAUCAGAACAUGCGCCGACUCCUGUGCUGCCCUCAUGAACCUAAUCCAGUACAUUGCCAGCUAUGGAGAUUUGCUUCCUCCUGCAGAGCCAGAGGCCAAGCAAACCAGCUCGACACAAAAAAACAAGGCGGAGUUUCUCGGCCGACCCGUCGCUCAGACCCCGCUGCUAGCCGAGACUGAGCAGCGGAUUUUGCAGGAUCUGAUGAGCGAAGCGAUGGAGGAAACUGAUGGGCAGCAUCCUCCCGGGCAACAACAGAAUGGUGUUCAGGAGGAGAGGAAUCGUGAUCAUGAGCCCCCUCGCUCUGACUUGUUCCUGUUCCCAGAUGAGAGUGGAAAUUCUGUCCAGGAUGCCAGCCCCACUUAUCCUAUGCUCCACUCUCCUCUCAUCACUCCUGUUCCUUGCCAGGCACAGGAAACCGACGACUUCUGUAUUCUGGAGACACCCGGUUCCAGAGCAGAGGAUGUCGAUCAGGAGCCCGUCGUAAAGCUUUUCACCUCCGAGCCAGUGCAAAUCAAAUACGAUCACUUCAGUCAACCUCUGGAUGGAAGUGAUUCCAGUCGUGGAGCAUUGAAUUUUCCCAUCCCGGAGGUGCGCUACCUUAUCAAGGAGAUUUCCAUUGUUUGGCAUCUUUAUGGUGGCAAAGAUUUUGGCCGUGUAAUGUUCACAGCUUCCCCUGCCAGAAGCCGGGGUACUACUCCCCACAGUUCCCCCUCCAAAACUCCGGUUCGACAGGCCAGAGUUUCAGGACGCACUGGAGGUGGAAAAGGAAGAAACCCUGAUGUUCUGAUGGAGAUCCAACUGAGCAAAGUGAGAUUUCAACACGAGGUGUACCCACCGGACCAGGAGGCCUCAGGCUCACCAGCAGAACAGCCGGUAUCUCGCCAGGUGUUUGUUGUGCAAGACUUGGAGAUCCGAGACAGACUGGCGAGCUCCCAGAUGAACAAGUUUCUUUACUUGUACUCCAGCAAAGAAAUGCCCCGCAAGGCUCAUUCUAACAUGUUGACAGUUAAGGCACUCCACAUGUGUCCUGAGUCCGGCCAGGCUCCACAAGAGUGCUGCUUGCGUGUUUCCCUGAUGCCUCUCCGCCUCAAUAUAGAUCAAGAUGCACUCUUCUUCCUGAAAGACUUCUUCACAAGUCUUUCCACAGAAGUGGAGUUUUUCUCCCCACCAAGUCAAGAUGUGAGCAUGUCCAUGAAGAAAGCCUCCACCCCAGAGAUCUCAUGCAGCUUCUCCAAGCAUGCUGCCUCUAACCAGGAGCCGGCACCGAUCAUCUCCGUGCCUGCCCAGAGACGUUUGAGCCAAAAUGGUUUCUCCAUGUGCGGCCGGGAGGAGCCUGGCGAGGGUGACACAUCCACUGCUUUAUUCUCCGACCAGCCCAUAUUCUUUAGGGAGUUCAGAUUCACCUCUGAUGUUCCCAUUCGCCUGGAUUAUCAUGGAAAACAUGUGUCAUUGGAACAGGGAACAUUUUCAGGGAUCAUUAUCGGCUUGACACAGCUGAACUGUUCAGAGCUCAAACUGAGACAGCUGUGCUACCGGCAAGGCUUAUUAGGUGUGGAUAAACUCUUUUCCUAUGCAAUUAAUGAGUGGCUUAAUGACAUAAAGAAAAACCAGCUCCCGGGCCUUCUGGGUGGUGUGGGACCCAUUCACUCGCUGGUCCAGCUGGUCCAGGGAUUCCGGGACUUGGUGUGGCUUCCAAUUGAGCAGUACAGAAAGGAUGGUCGUAUCGUGCGGGGCUUUCAGCGUGGCACCGCCUCCUUCGGAACGUCCACAGCUAUGGCCGCUCUCGAGCUUACCAACAGGAUGGUGCGGACCAUCCAGGCAGCAGCGGAGACAGCCUAUGACAUGGUGUCUCCAGUGGUGAAUGAGCGCGACACAAAGAGGGUAAAACGGUUCUCACACUAUGGACUGGCUCAUCAGCCCGUUGACCUGAGAGAGGGCGUGGCCAAAGCCUACACAGUGGUGAAAGAGGGAAUCACAGACACGGCACUGACCAUCUACGACACGGCUACCCGAGAACACGAACAACGGGGCAUGACUGGAGCAGUGGGCGGGGUUCUCCGUCAGUUGCCGCCCGCAGUGGUCAAGCCCCUCAUUAUGGCCACGGAAGCUACCUCCAACGUCUUGGGUGGCAUGAGGAACCAGAUUCACCCUGAUGCCCGACAAGAGGAGUCCCAAAAGUGGAGGCAAGGCGAGGAGUAACUGAGAACAUCUGUCCUGCUGUAAAUAACGAGCAUCUCAUGACGGUUGAGGUCAGCUGUUCCCUCACCAGUGCCUUCAUGGUCAUGCUUAUCAAACUCAGUAGAAUCAAAGGGACACAUUCAAGUCAUAUCUGUAUUGGGUUACGUCGUCUUGUCGGUAAGAUGCAGCAUCUACACAUGUAAUGAAUAAGAUGACACGUUCCGUUAUCUUUGUCAUAAGGAAUAUCUCACUUGUGACCCCGGAUUGAAAGUACAUGUCUAUGUCUACUGUAAAUAUUCAAAUUCGUACCAUUUCAUGCAGAUAUAUGAAGAGCAGUGUAGGAUGUACAGUUAUGUGGAGGUACAGCACUUUUGAGAAACUUGAAAGGUUACUUACUGCUAGUUUAAAAAAAUAAUGGUACGCAGUAUGGGGCAGCUUCCCCCCACCCCACCACCACCGGGAUGGGGGUUAUUUUCCAGCUGUCAACAAUGGCAGAUUCCCACCUUUAGCUGCUUUAAUUGUCAAAACCAAAAUUUAGGAUCUGUUCUGUUAUUUUGAUCCAAAGUCUUAAGAUAUUACUCUUUUUUUUGGUUCUCUGAUUACUGUUUUUGUUUUUUUGUCGCCAUGGGCUGCACUCACCUUGUUUUAUUUGAAAGUAACUAUUGUACAUAUAUGUACAGUUCAUUCUUGACUUUGUAUUAAAAAGCAUGAGUGGCAAAUUAAAAACGUACAAUGUUAAA